AUGGUCAUCAGCGAUUACAUGGCUGCGUCGCGACGGAGUCCAUUGAUGAGAGAUCAGUGGAGAGCCGGCGACGACCAUAGGGACAGUAAUCGUCGAAGAAACAGAGGCACAGACGACCGCCGCAAGAUCUCGCCCGCAGCCCCACGAGAGACAGACGUGGGCCUGAAGAUCAAGGGCAGAGCAGCAGCCGACUCUGCGCCGGGGUCACCAUCCGAUCAUAAGAGGUCGGAGAGGGACAACACAUUGGGGAAAGAUCGUGCAAGAGGAUCCAGUCGUUCGCCGCCAAGACGUAGGCCAAGAGACGAGGAGCUGGUCCAACGUCGAGAAUCUAGUGGGGACCGAUAUCCCGAAAGGCCACGACAUCGAGACGAAGGCGGUCAGACUGAUAGACGGAGAAUAACACGGAGUAGAUCACCGCAACGUGAAUUGUUUGGUUUCAGGGAGGAACGGAGAAGGCAUCGCAGCCCGAUUCACUCCGGUCGAACUGACACCUUCCGCCCAAGCAGUAGACGUCGCGAACGAGCUAACUCACCGCCACGUUCAAAUCGAGGUGACCAUUACUCGUCCACAUAUACUGACUUGAGUGGCUCCGCUGGCCGUUUCGGAGACUCCGUCCUCGGUCGAGAGACAGGCCUUCAAGAUCAAGGAGAAUUUCUCCUGAACGUCCACGUCCACGUCCAAAGCGGCGCUCAUCUCCUGGUCGUGGGUCUAAAAAAGAGGGUGAAUCUACUGCAUCCAGCUACCGUCCUUUACCCCGCUCUGGGAAUUCACCAAGAAGGCACAAAGAGCUAA